AGAGCUCGGAGUGUAAGGAAGUGUAAGCGUCAAUGUCAAGCUUGAAUCGCCCGUUUUGAGCCGCUGCAGCCGUCACCGGUAAACAACAACAACAACAACAACAGACGGGAAGUAACAUCUGUCCAAAAUCAUAUGCAGUUCUAAGCUGUUACACAGAAUAGAAGGCACGGCGACUGGGAUUUCUGAGGAAACAUGAACUCUCUCUCUGGAAAGAAUGUGUUAUCUCUGUGCAGACGCACAACCAACUCCAUCCGCGUAUUGGCCAGCUGCACUCCUUCGGCUCUUCCUUUGGGUCGUGGGCUGACCAGUCCAUUGCUAGGUGUAGAACGAGUGUGCCACUCGGCUGCAAACUCCAACCCUAGCAGCAUUAGGACCAAAAAACGGGGUUAUGACAUCACAAGGAACCCCCACCUCAAUAAGGGCAUGGCGUUUACUCUGGAGGAGAGGCUCCAGCUAGGCAUCCACGGCCUUCUGCCUCCAUGCUUUCUCUCCCAAGAUGUCCAGGUGCUCCGUGUAAUGAAGAGCUAUGAGACACGUACCAACCCCCUUGACAAGUACAUUUUACUGAUGACCCUGCAGGACAGGAAUGAAAAGCUCUUUUAUCGUCUGUUGACCUCAGACAUUGAGGAGUUUAUGCCUAUAGUUUACACUCCCACUGUGGGACUGGCUUGUCAGCAGUAUGGUCUGGCAUUCAGGAGACCACGAGGACUUUUUAUUACCAUUCAUGACAAGGGCCACAUAGCUACCAUGUUGAACUCAUGGCCAGAAGAGAACAUCAAGGCCAUUGUGGUAACUGAUGGUGAGAGGAUCCUGGGGCUUGGAGACCUGGGUAGCUAUGGAAUGGGUAUUCCAGUAGGCAAGCUGGCUCUUUACACAGCCUGUGGAGGAGUGCACCCUCAGCAGUGCCUGCCUGUGCUUCUGGAUGUGGGUACUGACAAUGAGACUCUUUUGAAUGAUCCUUUGUACAUUGGACUGAAGCACAAACGGGUGAGAGGAAAAGAAUAUGAUGACCUAAUUGCUGAGUUCAUGCAGGCUGUCACAGACAAGUAUGGGAUGAACUGUCUGAUUCAGUUUGAAGAUUUUGCCAACAGCAAUGCUUUCCGCAUUCUUAACAAGUAUCGCAACCAUUACUGCACCUUCAAUGAUGAUAUCCAAGGAACAGCAUCGGUGGCUGUUGCUGGAGUUCUUGCUGCUCUGAAGAUCACCAAAAAAAAACUGUCCGAUCACACUUUUGUGUUUCAAGGGGCAGGAGAGGCUGCUCUGGGCAUUGCUCAUCUGCUCACCAUGGCCAUGGCUAAGGAGGGAGUGUCCCAUGCUGAUGCUGUCAAGAAGAUCUGGAUGGUGGACUCUAAAGGACUAAUUGUAAAGGGCAGAAGUCACCUGAACCAUGAGAAAGAAGAAUUUGCCCAUGAGCAUCCUCAUAUAAAGACCCUGGAGGAGGUGGUGAAGACCAUUAAGCCUACAGCUAUAAUUGGUGUUGCUGCCAUUGGUGGAGCUUUCUCUGAGAAUAUUAUAAAGGACAUGGCGUCCUUCAAUGAAAGGCCCAUCAUAUUUGCUCUCAGCAACCCCACCAGCAAAGCAGAGUGCACUGCGGAGCAGUGUUACACACUCACAGAGGGUCGUGGAAUCUUUGCCAGCGGUAGCCCUUUUAAGAAGGUGACACUUGCAGAUGGACGCACUUUCUACCCAGGCCAGGGUAACAACGCUUAUGUGUUCCCUGGUGUUGCACUAGGUGUUAUUGCCUGUGGGGUGCGUCAUAUAUCGGAUGACAUUUUCCUCACCACAGCAGAGGCAAUAGCAGAAAUGGUUACAGAGGAACAUCUGGCAGAAGGCAGAUUAUACCCCCCUCUCAGCACAAUCAGAGAAGUGUCCUUCAAGAUAGCCGUGAAGAUUGUGGAUUAUGCUUAUAAACAUGAUAUUGCUUCAUGGUAUCCUGAGCCCAAGGAUAAAGAAGCCUUUGUGUUGUCACAUGUCUACAGCUCUGACUAUGACUCCUUUACAAUGGACUCCUACACAUGGCCAAAUGAGGCCAUGAUGGUUCAGGAUGUGUAGUUUUGGCUGCUAGCUUCUCUCUCAGAACUCUCAGAGAGAGUCAAAUAUCAAAACCAUGCCUCAGCUCAUCAUCUAACUUGAUUUUAUAUUCAUAAUCAUUUAUAUAAUUUUUGUUCUCUAUAUCUAGACUUUUGGCUAAAAAUUAAGACUUCCUACUCUUGAAACAUUUCUGUUUGCAGGUGCCACAUGUUCUGUCUGCGUAAUUCAUGCUGAAGCUCAAAGCUGUGGACAAAACCAGUGGUAGCACAGUCCCAAAAAGAAGAGCACAUUAAUAUUACUAAAUUAAUAUUAAAUUGAUAAAUAUUUAUUUUAAGCCACUCCAUGAUUUGAUCUCCACUGUUUUGUCUGUACACUCCAGUCUAUUUGUAUACAAGACCCCUCUUUUUUUAGGGAAAAAAAAGCACUCCAUUUAUUGUUAUGAUUUUCCUCCAGCAUUAGCUCCUGUUAAGUUACUACUAUCUAUUUAGGGGUGUCAUAUUUGUAUACAGUUACUGCCAACAGGAACAAAUUAAAUGUCUGUAAUAAGUUAAAGAUUUCCAUCCAAAGAAAAUGUAUUUGUUUUCAACCUUGAAUCAUGUUUUGGCCCUGUUCCAUGUUUUUUUGCUGUUACUGUAAAAUCCACUGUCUGUACUGUCAUAUGGAUUAUGGCAAAGGAUGGGUUAUAUCAGAUAUAUGUAAUUACUGUAGCAGUGAAUUAUAUGUUGACCUUAAAAGAUUACUAUUUAUAUUAUGAAGUACCCCAUAAGUCCUGAGUGGAAAUUUGUAGUACUGUGCUGAAUGCAAGAAUGGUUGCUAUUAUCAGUUUAUUAACAUUCUAUGCUUAUUAGUAGUACACUACAAAUGAAUUCUAUUUUCAGAUGUUCAAGGAAGGGCAAAAAACUGUUUUGAAUAAAUAAUAAAAUCACAA